CUGCCGGCUCUGCCCGGAUGGCUGGGAAAGGGUAAAACCUGCAGGCAGGUGGGGAUACGCCAUCUUCACGCUUAUAUAUAAAACCUCAGGUCUUAAUUUUUUGCUUCAAUUGGCCGUAAUUUUCAUUUCUGGCACACAGCUGAGCAUGGAAUGGUCUGGGAUGGUCCUGGGAUGCCAGGCUCCCUCCUUUCCCACCUGCGUGCUCUGGAAUGAGGUGCCAAAUGACAUGAGUAAUUGUUAAGCCAGGCACUCAAGUGACUCAUUAGUGACAAUCGCCACUGAUUUAUCUUUUUUUUUCCAGCUGGUUUCUCUGCUCUGAUUUCCCUGCUCCCUUUUUGGCCUUGUUUUUGGCUUGGGUUUGCAGAGAUGGCAGCUACGAGGCAGCCAGGUAGUCCCCUGUGCUGGAAUUCAGCACUAAGAACAAUAAUACAUUUCUUGAAAUAAUUAUUUUGAGGUCAAGUCACGAACUUGAGGGUUUCAAACUGCCCACAGCCACCUCCCUUCCCUGCUGCCCUACCUGGCCCUCUUCUGGAUGUAGGUCAGUUGGGAGUGGGAGGCCCCACAUCGCUGGAUCCUCUCGUAAUCUUCUGCCUUAACUGGUGCAUAAGCCUGAGCCAGAGGAGCCAGGAUUUAUCUCACUGCCAGCCAGGUGCCAGCCUGGAUGUGUGAUAGUGCAGAGUGUCACAGAAGUGAAGCGAACUGCUGUCCUUGAGUUGUUUUGGAAUGGGGGGGAAGGUGAAGGCUUUUUGUCCCUGAUCACUUCAAUCAGCCUUUUCUCUCCUUCUCCUCCAGCUUUGCUAAAUCUCCCUCGUUUUUCCCAAGUACUUUUCCUGAGGAGCAGAGAGGCUGAGUGUGUGCCAGCAUGGCAGAAAAGGUGAACAACUUUCCUCCCCUGCCCAAAUUCAUCCCCCUGAAGCCAUGUUUCUACCAGGACUUCGAUGCGGAGAUCCCGCCGCAGCACCGGACCAUGGCCAAGCGGCUCUACUACCUCUGGAUGCUGAACAGCAUCACCUUGGCGGUGAAUCUCGUGGGCUGCCUCGCGUGGCUCAUUGGAGGCGGCGGAGCUGUAAAUUUUGGACUGGCAAUUCUCUGGCUCAUUCUCUUUACGCCCUGCUCCUAUGUCUGCUGGUUUAGACCUAUUUACAAAGCUUUCAAGACAGACAGUUCCUUCAGCUUCAUGGCCUUCUUCUUCACCUUCAUGGCCCAGCUGGUGAUCAGCAUUAUCCAGGCAGUGGGGAUUCCUGGAUGGGGAGUCUGUGGCUGGAUUGCAGCAAUUUCCUUCUUCGGGACCAACGUGGGCUCGGCUGUGGUGAUGCUGAUCCCCACCGUGCUCUUCACAGCCAUGGCAGUGUUCUCCUUCAUCGCCCUCACCAUGGUGCACAAGUUCUACCGGGGCAGCGGCGGGAGCUUCAGCAAAGCGCAGGAGGAGUGGACCACGGGGGCCUGGAAGAACCCCCACGUGCAGCAGGCGGCGCAGAACGCGGCCAUGGGGGCGGCGCAGGGCGCCAUGAUGCAGCACGAGACGCAGUACUCGGCCACCCCCAACUACACCUACUCCAACGAGAUGUGAGCAGCAGCGGGACUCUGUCCUCGGGAGGAAGAGCUGGGGGGGGGGGAAAAAAAAAGGGAGGGGGG